AUGAGGAUUUUACUAUCGUCGUUAUUGCUACUGGUUGGUAUAAAUCUAAUAUUGGCACGUUCUAUAUAUUGGAAUGCCGAUUACAAUCCAAACACUUGGAUAAAUGAUUUUGAAGAUGAAUUAUUUGCAAUACCUUCAAAUCCUUAUGAUGAUGAUUUUCAAAAACUGUGGAUGGGAGAAAGUUCAAAUGAAUCAACAGAGACAUUAAAAUCCCUGCAUGAUAUCAUUGAGGAGUUUGAUAAGAGUAAAGAAAAUACGAAUAAUAAUGACAAUAUCGAUGAUAAUGAUAAAGAUGUUAAUAAUGAUUAUAGCGGAAAUUCAGAAGAAAUAUUAAAAUCCGUACAGAAACUACUUGAUGUUUUGGAAAAAAGUGAAGACGACGUUGAACCAAUGUUUAGGAAUAGAGCUAUAGAUGAUAAUCAUGAUGAUGAUGAUGAUGACGAUGAUCAUCAAAAGAAUAUAUUCAGCAUAAUCUUUAAUAAUCCAUUUGUUCACACUGAAAAUAUAUAUGAAUCGUCUGAAGAAAAAAACGAUAAUGAAAAGGAAACCACAACUAUGCAAGAAGAAAUUUUUGAUUUAACAAAAUCUUCUGAAGAGAAGCAAGAAAACGAUGAACAUGAUAUUUCCGAAAAGGAUAUUGAAGAAUUGGCUGCUUUAAUAAUAACUCUUAGUGCCAUAGAUGAUUUAAUUGAAAUUUCAAAUAAAACACCAGAAUAUGCUGAGGAAACUGAGAACGAGUUAAAAUCCAAGGAAGUCGACGAAUUUUUAAAAUUAUUCAGUUCUAUAUUAGAUGAAAUUCUAGAAGAGGAACAUACAAUCAAUUCUAAAAAAGAAAAUAAUGACGACAAUGAUAAUGACGAUACUACACCCAAAGAUGAUAGCAAUGAAGAGAAUGACGAUGAUGAUGAUAUUACUGAUAUUACUACACUCAAACCUGAUAGUGAUGAAGAGAAUGAUGAUGUUACUACUGCUGAAACAAAUAGUGAUGAAGAUAAUGAUUACGAUAUAACUACACCCAAAAAUGAUAGUAAUGAAGAUAAUGACGAUAAUAACAAUGAUGAUACCGAUGAUGAUAACAGCAACAGUAAGGAAAAUGAAAUUGAAACAUUCGAUUUAACAUUCCAUAGCAUUGAUGAUGCUGAUCAUGAGCAAAAUCUUUACGAUCACAAAUACGAAAUUGUAAAUCCAAUCGCAACACAAGAAGUUAAAACCACCAGUUCACCCUUUACGUCAUCGAAUAUCCAUGACAACAAUAUCAUCCAGGAAUAUGUUGAACUACGUCAAAAUGUUGAUACCGAACAAGAAACCCUAGAUUUGUAUGAACACAAUUUAGAUAAGGAUUUCUAUAAUAUAAUUUCAAAUAAUUACAACGAAGAGAGUAUUAACAAAUUUGAGAAGGACUUUUUUCUAGUGCAUGAAAAUUUGGAUAGAAUCAAACGUAAUAUAAAUGCCAUGGAAAAUCUAAGUUCUAAAUUGUAUUUACAUAAGUUGGUUAGUGAUGCUGUUAAAAAUAUUCGUAAAUAA